AAGAAGAAGAAAGGAAAAGUUGAAUUGAGACCCAUUAAUUUGGGGACCGAUUAUGAAUAUGGAGUUUUAAACAUUCACCUGAUUGCAUAUGACAUGACUCUGGCAGAAAGUUAUGCCCAGUAUGUUCACAUCCUCUGCAACCAUCUCUCCCUCAAAGUUGAGGAAAGUUAUGCAAUGCCCACCAAAACCAUGGAGGUGUUGAAGCUACAGGACCAAGGCAGCAAAAUGUUCCUGGACUCCGUCCUUACCACCCACGAGCGAGUGGUUCAGAUAAGCGGUUUGAGUGCUAUAUUUGCAGAGAUUUUCCUGGAAAUACUCCAGAGCAAUCUUCCUGAAGGAGUCAAAUUGUCAGUGAGGGAGCACACUGAAGAAGACUUCAAAGGAAGGUUCAAAGCUCGGCCAGAACUUGAAGAACUGUUGGCCAAGCUGAACUAGCUACCACGGAUGUUUCAUUCCAUCCAACACUAGUGGUACUGAGUCUCAAGGAGAAGAGCUUCUUAGGUGGUCAGAGUUAAGUAAAAGGCUGGCCCGUUGAUUUCUUAAUUACUCAUUUCCACACUAGGAAUGCUUUCUCUCUGUGACAUGGCAGUACUUGCCAGUUAUUAUACCACUUACCUUUGGAAUAACUUGGAGUAUCCUCCAUCUAAUAAAAAUCUGCUGCUAUAUUUGUUA